GGAAGUUGUUUGGCCCCAGCUGAGCCAAACCCGCGUUUCUCAGCCGCGCAGGAUGCAGGUGCCGGUGCCCGCGGGGCUCCCGGUGCCACCUCAUUGUGGGGGGGGAUCACCCCGACACCCCGGGUGGGAGAUGGGGGGGGCACGUGGAGGGAGGGGGACGUGCCGCGGUGCCGGGGUCCCGGCCGUGCUCACCGCAGCCCCCGUUUGCUCUCGCUGGCAGAAAGCCCCUGGGCAAGGCGGGCAUCGACGAGGUGAUGGCGGCCGCGGUGCUCACCAGCCUCUCCACCAGCCCCCUGGUGCUCGGCCACCCGCCGGCGCCCCCCGCCCCAGAUCCUGGGGGCGAGCCCUGGCUGGAGGCGCCCGCCAUGUCCUCCAGCUGCAGCAGCAGCAGCAACACCAGCGGGGACUGGAGCUGGGACCCCCCCAGCGACCGCUCCACCCCCUCCACCCCCUCGCCCCCGCUCUCCAGCCACGUCCCCGGCGCCUUCCUGCCCGCCCCGCCGCCGGACGAGGGCCCCGACGAGCCCGAUGGCACCCACUUCGUCUUCGGAGAGCCCAUCCCGAGGAAGAGGAAGAACUCCACCAAGGUGAUGUUCAAGUGCUUGUGGAAGAGCUGCGGCAAAGUCCUCAGCAGCUCCUCAGGGAUGCAGAAGCACAUCCGAACCGUGCACCUUGGCCGUAAAGCCGACCUCGAGCAGAGCGACGGCGAGGAGGACUUCUACUACACGGAGCUGGACGUCGACGUGGACUCGCUGACGGACGGGCUCUCCAGCCUCACGCCCGUCUCACCCACCUCCUCCGUGCCGCCCGCCUUCCCCGGCACCGAGGCUCCACCGGCGCUGCUGAGCCCCGAGCUGCCACUGGCCUCCCCCCGCAGCCCCCCGGGGCUCCCCCCCGGCGGCGGCCUCUGCCACGUCCACACCGACCACGCGUACCAGGGCUGCCCGGCCCCCCCGCGGUUCCCGGGGGGGGAGAAGCGGCCGCCGGUGCCCCCCACACCGGUGGCGAUGACGCCGGCGGUGCCCGCCCCGCUGCUGCCCAAGCCGCCCGCUGUCCCCAGGUGA